AGAUAUUUUGGCAAAUCCUCGGGUUUUACUCGGUUUACCCUGAGCUGCAGGAACUUCUAUAUGGGAGUCUCCACAGGGAGUGGCUCCAACAGUAUCACCAAAUCCAAAAUACAAAACAAUACUGUUAAAACGUUGAUAAUUUCCUAUUCUGCAGCUGCGUCUUCUAAAUAAUUAAUUUGCACUGGGUGCUUGUCAUUUCACAUUGUCCACUAGGGACUGUAACAUAUUAGGGUAUGGUAUAUCAGGUUGCCUUGGCAAAAGCCUGUAAUCACUUUUUAAUUUUUUUUUUUGGAAAUUUAAAUAAUGGUUUUAAAGUGUCAGCUUAAUAUCAUCAUAGCAAGCUUAUUUGCUUAAGAUUUUCCUGGGGUCCAGUUUCUAAUGAUUAGCCCUGCACAGUUCCUGCAUAAUGUGGUUGGUUAUUGUCUGCUUUCAUUCAUGGCAUUUUGCCUUGGGCAAGUUCUAGUUCCUGUCUUGCAUGCAAAAGUUAAAUUAUAUGAUAGAGUAGUUGUUUCCUGUGCACUGUCUCACAGCUCUUAAUUUUCAGAUGACACUUUUCAGAUUUUUUUUCAGUUAUGAUGUACAGAACUCCCACUAUCCAGGUCUCAUCAUGCAUGAAGUACCAGUAUUGUUACACGAUUUACUUUUUAACUUGUGUUGCAAAUGCACAUUAUUAUUUGUUAAUUUACAAUGAUUUUGUGUUAUGUGUGUGCGCCACAUGUACUGUGUUGUGCAUGUCUGUCCGGAGGAACUUUGUUUCAUUUGGCUCCUGGGUUCAAUUCUCACUGUUGCCUGAAAGGAGUGUGUAUAUUCUACUCAUGACUGCGUGGGUUUCCUCUGGGUGCUUUGGUUUCCUCCCACAGUCGAAAGAUGUACUGGUUGGUCGGUUAUUUGGUCAUUAGCGUCAGCAUCAAUAAGGCUAUUAACGCACAGGAAGUUGCUGUGAAGGAAAAACAUGCCAGAACAUGCAUUCUGGGUACACAUCAUGAAAAGGGUGCUCACACCUUCUGGUCAGUCGUGAAUCGGUUGCCACUGUCCAGCAAUGCGGUCCUUUGUUGGAAAUUUUGUCACGUAUUUCACAAGCUGCUAAGAGAUGGACAUCCAAGUGUCCUUCAGGACUCCAUACGAUACAAGAAUGAGCUGAGUGACAUGAGCAGAAUGUGGGGCCAUUUAAGUGAAGGUUAUGGGAGACUGAGCUGCAUCUACCUCAAACUACUAAUAACAAAGAUGGAAUUCCACAGUAAGAAUCCCAGAUUUCCAGGUAAUCUUCAGAUGACAGACAGACAACUGGAGGAAACAGGAGAAAAUGAUGUAAAUAAUUUUUUUCAGUUGACGGUGGAAAUGUUCGAUUAUCUGGAGUGCGAGCUCAAUCUUUUUCAGGCAGUCUUUAGUUCUCUGGACAUGUCAAGAUCGGUGUCUGUAACAGCAGCUGGCCAGUGUCGAUUGGCACCUCUAAUUCAGGUUAUUCUUGACAGCAGUCACCUCUACGAUUAUACAGUUAAACUUCUCUUCAAGUUACAUUCUUGUCUUCCCGCUGACACAUUGCAAGGUCAUAGAGAUCGGUUUCAUGAACAGUUUAAAAAACUGAAAGAGUUAUUUUAUAGAUCCAGCAACUUACAGUAUUUCAAGCGACUGAUUCAGAUUCCACAGCUUCCGGAGAAUCCUCCAAACUUCCUGCGAGCCUCCGCUCUGUCUGAACACGUCAGCCCUGUUGUGGUCAUCCCUGUCGAGUCGGCCUCCCCUGACAGUGAGCCAGUUGUGGAAACGGAGGAUUUGGUGGAGAUGGAUCCAUCAUCCCAACAGAGUUUAUUUGAUAAUAAAUUUGAUGACCUCUUUGGAAGUACUGGGCCCACUGACCCUUUCAAUUUUAAUAGUCAGAAUGGAAUGUCUAAGGAUGAAAGGGAUAAGUUGAUUGAACAACUCUACAAGGAAAUUGCAGCUCUGAAGGAUGAGUUGGCGAAUUUCAAAGCAGAGAGCAAGCGCCUGAUCUCUCAGCUGAGGGGCCGGAUCAGUGAGCUGGAGGCUGAGCUCGCUGAGCAACGGCACCUGAAGCAGCAGGCUUUGGAUGAGAACGAGUUUGUGAAGGCGGAACUUGAGGAGGUGAAGAAGAAGCAAGAUGACACGGAGAAAGCUCAGAAGAGCCUGACGGAGAUUGAACGUAAAGCUCAAGCCAAUGAACAAAGAUACACAAAAUUGAAAGAAAAGUACACCGAACUGGUUCAGAACCAUGCAGAUUUGCUCCGAAAGAACGCAGAGGUCAUGAAGCAAAUGACUUCGUUUCGUCAGACGCAGGAAGACAUGGAACAGGUGAAGAAGGAGCUGGAGGAAACCGUGCAGCAGUUGAAAGACGAUAUGCAGCAGAAAGAGCAGGAACAGACUCACAAGUUUGAAACUCUACAGGAGGAGCUGCAGUCCAGGAAAGAAGAGGUAGUGUCCUUGAAAAGCUCACAGGAAGACUCUAAACAGGCAAGCAGUGUGAUGGCAUCGACCAUUGAGUCCCUGACUUCAGAAAAGGUGGCACUAAGCCAGGCUGUGGAUGAGAAGGAGAGCGCGUUAACUGUGCUGCGGAAUGAGUUGGAGCAGGUGAAGGAAGCCCUGUCAGCAGAGAAGGACAACACUAGUCGAACGGUUGAGGGGUUGCAGAAUCAGCUGAAUGAAAAGGAGAGCCACGAGCAAGCUCUAGAGAAGCAGCUGCUUGAUGAGCAGUUUGCUCUUCUGCGCUCUGCAGUCGAGGAAGCGGAGGGCAUCAUUCACGACGCACUUAACAGGUUGGAGGACCCCCUUCACGUUGGCUGCACCAGUUCUGCAGAUUAUCUCAUCACGAGAGCUCAGGUUACGCUGGAUUCCCUAAACAGACUACAGAAUGGACACACAAAGUACCUAGCUGACAAAUCAGAUGCUAGCAGCCUGCUGCAGUCAGUGACCCUCUUUACCCAUCUGAUGAGUGACACCAUUGUUCAGGGAAGUGCCACUUCCCACAUGGUUCCAAUGGAGCAGGCGGAUAACCUGUUGGAAGCAUGUAAACAGUGCGGCAGCAACGUACUCUCCUACUUCUCCAAUUUCAAGGACUCUACAACACUGAGCGCUGCAGAUUGCACUCAAGUGAGAGACAGUCUGAACCAGAUACACACCAUUGCAGAGGAACUAAGGCCAAAAGGACGAGACAUCAAACAGAAAGAACUAGGUGAUCUUGUGGAACAAGAGAUGUCUGCUACGUCUGCCGCCGUUGAGGCAGCAACCAAAAGGAUAGAGGAAAUGCUGAGCAAGUCAAGAGCAGGAGACACUGGUGUAAAGCUGGAGGUGAAUGAGAGGAUCCUUGAAUCUUGCACUGACUUGAUGCAUGCUGUCAAAAUGUUGGUUCUGACGUCGAAGGAUCUACAGAGGGACAUAGUGGAGAGUGGAAGGGGGGCAGCGUCCCAGAAAGAGUUCUAUGCCAAGAACUCCAGGUGGACCGAAGGACUCAUUUCUGCAUCAAAGGCUGUUGGCUGGGGAGCGACUGUGUUGGUGGAUGCUGCAGAUAUGGUUGUCCAGGGAAAGGGGAAGUUUGAGGAAUUAAUGGUGUGUUCCCAUGAGAUUGCAGCUAGUACAGCACAGCUGGUUGCUGCCUCCAAGGUGAAAGCGGAUAAAGACAACAGUAAUCUCGGAAGGCUGCGGGAGGCAUCCAAGGGAGUUAACGAGGCCACGGCCAAGGUGGUGGCUUCCACCAAAUCAGGGAAGUUCCAGAUUGAGGAGAAAGACACAAUGGAUUUCUCCAGCAUGACACUGACACAAAUCAAGCGACAGGAAAUGGACUCGCAGGUUCGUGUUUUAGAACUGGAAAGUCAACUACAGAAAGAGAGGGAGCGCCUCGGAGGACUGCGUAAAAAGCAUUACGAGCUGGCGGGAGUCGCUGAGGGCUGGGAUGAAGAUACCAAAUAGGUGCAGAAUGAAGAAUAAGAAGUGGAGAUUGCGAAGAUUGUGGCGAUUGUAUCCUCCAAUCAAAGACUGAAUGAACAUUGAACCUCUAGACACAAAACCUGUUCUAUUCUCUCCAUCUUCGAGAGGAUACAUGCAGUAACCGCGAGCCUUGACCAGAGUGGUCCUACACAUCUGUAUCAGUGUUUUCCAAUUGUAUUCCAGGAUUCUGUCACUAUUGACACGAUGCUGUUAUUUCCUUUAUUUAUUAUAUGUAUAUUUUUACCUUUUGUUUUUGCACACCAGUGGUAAGUAUUAUGCUAAUCUUUGCAUUACCAGUACCUGCGGCAAAUCUUAGUUUAACUAUUUAUACUACCCCCCCCCCCCCCGCCCACCUUUGCCGGCACAUAUCACUAACCUGUCAGCAAACCAUGACAAGUUUUGCAAUGUUUCAACUGGCUUGCUUUUUCCCUCUCUUCAAAGUUGAGGUGACUGGCGAGUGAAAGUUUACUGUGUGGUCAGGGCACACAGACCAGAAGAUGCCAGGUUUGUCUUUUAAUCCAUUGGUUAAUCCAGCCCGAGGUAGCAAUCAGGACCACUUCAAAUCCAUCACGUUAGAGAGUGAAAUGAGUUGCCGUUGUUCUUAUUAGUAAUUCAUUAAUGGAUAGGAAGUGUGUGAUGCUCUCCUUCAUGUCCAGGCUGACUGAAGGAAGUGCUCUUGGAUUUGUGUUCCUGGAGGAUAGACAGCACAGUCUAAAACUGUGGCACUCCACCAGUAGUCUCAAGAAAAGUAGCAAGAGAGUAAAUUAUUUGAUUGUCUUUCCUGUACAAAGGACAUGGGUCCCCAGCAGAUGCCCACUGUGAUUGGUUUCAUCCCAACUUCACAGGUUUUUUUUAUUAUUUGGGCAUUGUAGGAGAGGCUACCAUCUGUAAUUGUCCUCGAGAAAGUGAAAAGGAUCUGAUUUCCUUAACUGGAAGUAUUCCCACAAAGCUCAAAAGUUCAAAGUAAAAUUUAUUAUCAGAGUACAUACAACCCUGAAGUCCUUUCUCUUGCUUAAUAAAUACUCAAUAAAUCUAUAGAACAGUAACCGUAAACAGGAUCAAUGAAAGAGCAAGAGCAUAAGAGACAACAAUCUGUGCAAAUGCAAAUUUAAAUUAAUAGCAAUAAAUAAACGAGAGCAUGAAAUAACAAGAUAGAGUCUUAAAUUGAAGUUAUUGGUUGUGGGAACAUCUCAAUGGAUAAGUGUAGUUAUCCCCUUUUGUUCAAGACCCUAAUGGAUGAAGGGUAGUAACUGUUUCUGAACCUGUGGUGCUAGUCCUGAGGCACCUGUACCUUCUACCUGAAGGCAACAGCAAGAGCAGAGCAUGCCCUGGAUCAUAGUACUUGUGGACAGCUCGACAGCUAUUUGGUGGAGAAUCCCAGAGUAUUGAUCCAGUGGUGAAGAAAUGCAAGUAUUAUCUGAAUGAUGUGUAACUUUCAGGGAACUUGCAUGUGGUGAGGUUCCCUUGUCUUUAUUUCCUUUGCCAUUAUGGUAUGCUCCCUAUUUUGUCAUCUUGUGGUAUAGCAUUUUACAACAUGAUGCAGUUUCGACAUUGCUUGAGUUUAUACUCCAUUUAUUCAAUUGUACUCUAUCGAAAUGCUGAUAGAGACACAAAAUGCUGGAAUCUGCAUCUGAUGCUGGUUGACACAGAGUUCUUCCAGUAGUCCGUUUGCUCUCCAUCAAAGUACUCUUAUUUUCUGCCCCUUAUACUUAACUAGCUUUCCAUUGUAGUAUCAUUUCCCUUCUUUAGCCUAUACAUCUCACAGUUCCCCACCUUCCCUGUCCCCUUCUGCUUCAUGUAUGAUAGUGGUAGUGAACAUCUCAGGGGAUCAAGGUAUCAUUUUGUCUCGUUAUGUGUGAAGGAGCAGCAUAGACCUGUGGUAAAAUUCCCAUUUUAACUCAAGGAAGAGAGGAGAAAGCCAAGUUUUUAUAUUAGUUUACAGUUCAGCAACUGCAACUCUAUUAUGUAACAUCACUUUUGUAAAACGGUGCUGGCAAAGGUGGUUCAUUGGUUAAGAGCAGAGAGAGAGAAACACUUGGAUUUGUAACUACUUGAGAAACAGUAUGAUUUUAGCAAUUUAUUUAAUAUGAUUUAAGGUUACCUUUGACAAAUCUGCUAAUGUAUCUCAAAGAAUGUUAAUUAUUACUUUCCCUGAAAAUGUUGGACCUUCUAAUCCUCUUCAUAGCUUAAUUUAUAAACAUUUUUUAGCAGGAAAGUUUGACUUAUCUUUAGCAGUUGAGCACUGGUUGUGAAUCUCCAGCCACGAUGAUCCAUGGAUGAUGUCUACUGAGAAUGUUUCUCCUUUCAUUGCAAGCUGUGACUGAUCUUUUGCAGGGAUUAGAUUGCUGUAGCAUUACUCUCUAACUCUGAGUACACUUACAGAACCCAUGCUCUUGUAAUGAAUUUGUUCUGACUUUGUACACGCCUGACUUUAUACUUUUUAAUAUUUGUUUUAAAUCAUAAAAAUGGAGAUUUUCAGCCUCUGUUGUUUCAAUUAAUUGUUUGCUGUUUGCUUGGAAUCCGUACU